AUGAUAGCACAACUCAAGCUUGCGUGCGCCUUCUUCGCAAGCGCGACUGUCGCCACGGGGCCGUUGUACGAUUAUGUGGUUGUGGGAGGUGGCACCAGUGGGUUAGUUGUCGCAAACCGACUGUCAGAAAAUCCCGAUGUGUCCGUUGUGGUGAUCGAAGCAGGACACUCGGUCCACAAUAACGAGAACGUUACUGCGGCAAAUGGAUAUGGAAAGGCAUUUGGGACGGAAAUCGACUAUCAAUAUGAGUCCGUGAAUCAGACGUACGGCGGCAACUCGAAACAAGUGCUGCGAGCCGGCAAGGCCUUGGGAGGGACAAGUACCAUCAAUGGAAUGUCCUACACCCGUGCAGAAGAUGUCCAAAUCGAUGCAUGGAAAGAACUCGGCAACAGAGGUUGGUCUUGGGACAGCCUGCUCCCUUACUACCGGAAGAGCGAAGAACUGACCCGCCCCUCGCCUGCUGAAAUCGCCUCCGGAGCAUCCUACAACGAAUCCGUUCAUGGCUACGAUGGCCCACUGCACGUGGGUUUCAACGAUAUGCAAGAGGGCAACCUGACCACGCCGCUGAAUCAGACGUAUGAUAAACUGGGUAUUCCAUGGGUUGAAGAUGUCAACGACGGCCAUAUGCGCGGAUUCAACGUCUUCCCCGAGACUAUCAACCACGAAUUGGGUGUGCGUGAGGAUGCUGCGAGGGCAUACUACUGGCCGUACCGAGGGAGGCCGAACUUGAUCGUGAUGACAAAGGCGCGGGCGAACAAGAUUCUCUGGAAUGACGACAACGCGACUGAUGGUAUUUCAGCGUCUGGUGUUGAGAUCCAGUCAGACGGUAUAACCAGCGUUGUUAGCGCUAGGAGAGAAGUUAUCCUCUCGGCGGGGUCGAUUAGGACUCCUGCUCUACUGGAGCUGUCUGGCGUCGGGAACAAAGAUAUUCUUGAGAAGCACAACAUCAGUGUCCGCGUCGACCUUCCCACCGUCGGAGAGAACCUGCAAGACCAAACCAACGCCAACACAAUGGCCCUCGGAAACGGUAGAUGGACUGGCGUUAAGGCCCUCGCGUACGCCUCAUUCUACGAUAUCUUCGGAGACGACGCUCAAAAGGUAGCUGGAUCAGUCCUCCAAAAACUGGCAGACUACGCCGCACAAACAUCCGAAGCAACCGGCGGCGUCAUGAAGCAAGAAGACUUGGCGAACUUCUUCCAAAUUCAAUACGACCUACUCUUCUCAAACGCCGUCCCGAUGGUCGAGAUCUUGUUUAUUCCGACCCACAGCCCGAUGUUGAUCACCGAGUACUGGACUCUCCUGCCAUUCUCGCGGGGUAACGUGCACAUCAACUCCGCAGACCCCGCCGAACACCCGGUUAUCAACCCGAACUACUUCAUGAUCGACUGGGAUUUGCAGGCACACAUCAGAGUCACCAAGUUCAUCCGCAACAUGUACCAAACCGCCCCACUGAGUGACAUGAUAAAGAUGGAACGUGCUCCCGGACCGGAGAUUCCCCGGAACGCAACGGACACAGACUGGGAAGAGUACACCAAGAAGAACUACCGCUCAAAUUUUCACCCUGUCGGCACAGCAGCCAUGAUGCCGCGCUCGAUGGGUGGCGUCGUGAGUGACCAGUUGAUUGUGCAUGGUACUUCUAACGUGCGUGUUGUUGAUGCGUCGGUGCUACCGUUCCAGAUGUGCGGGCAUUUGACUAGUACACUGUAUGCGAUUGCAGAGCGGGCAGCGGAUUUGAUCAAGGACGGUGUUUGA